UAUUCGUGGAUUCGUUUCAUUGGUAAAGAUGGUCAUGAUGGUGGACAAUUGUUCUUUUGUAAUGGCGGCUUGAGUUCGUUUAUAGAAGCGAUUCGAAGAUUGAUUAGCGACGCUGGAUUUGAAUUGAUCACGCAGUUGGAACUACCUGAACGGAGUGAAGUGAAGAGGGAUAAACCUCUAAAGGAAGCGAUUGUAUUGAAUUAUAAACAACGAGACGGAUCGUAUAAGGAAGUGAACAAAUUGAAGUCGUUGAUAUUCCGAGGAGGGUUGGAGAUGGCGUUGAGACGUGAUUUGUGGAAUUUCUUAUUGGGUGUUUUUGGAUGGGAGUAUACUCAUGAAGAUAUCGUUAACGUACGGUUUUGUGUUGUUGUUUUUGCUGUUUAG